AGUAAUGCCAGAAAAAGAAGCCGCCUCGUCGUUAAAGCCGGAGUGGUUCUCCUGUCCCCAAGCUUUCCUCCUCCGCCCAUUUCCUCUUUCUGCUUCUUUCUCGCGGUGUUAGUCCGUGCGAUUCUUCGUCGGCUACUCGAUUGGCCGCUUGUGGUUUUCCCUUCUCGCAGGAUGGCUUCGAUAUGAAAUCUUUUGGUUGUGGCGGUAGAGAUUAGUUGAGGAUCUUCCCGUUGUGGUUACAGGGCAGAUUUUGGGCCGAGGAUUUAAGUUAUACUGGUGUGACAUAAAAGAGAUUUGUGCUUUACGAGUGUAAAGUUUCUGUGAGUGCUAGCUAGAUCUGUUAGUGUUCCUUGCUGCAGAUCUGUGUUUGGGCGGAGAAACGGCGUAGGAGGCGCCUUUUCUUGUGCAACGUUAGCGGUGAAUUCGGAGGCGGCGAAAAAGAGGUGCCUUUAUUGCAUCCAGCGUUGAAGGACCAAGCUACAUCCGUUUCAAGAAAAAACAAGGGAUUUGUGGGAGACUGGAAGUUCUGGAGCUGCGAUCAGCCGGGAUUCUGUGUGUACUUAAGUCGCCCUUCAACUUUGAAGUGCGAAACGGAACUGCUGCGCCUGUUUUCCUUUCUGAAGAGAAAUUCUAAACUGGUUUCAUGGCUUUGCCGCCAUCAAAUAGUUCAUCCGCUGUACUUGGAUCAGGUACUUAUGGCGAUGUCUUGUACCCAGAACUUUGGAAAGCAUGUGCAGGACCAUUAGUCACUCUACCCCGUGAAGGUGAAAGGGUUUAUUACUUUCCACAAGGCCACAUGGAGCAGCUUGAAGCAUCGACAAAUCAAGGGCAUGAUCAACAGAUGCCCUUGUUUGAUCUGCCAUCAAAGAUCCUAUGCAAAGUAGUCCAUGUGCAGCUUCAGGCUGAAGCAGAUACAGAUGAAGUUUUUGCUCAGAUAACAUUGCUACCUGAAGCUGAUCAAAGCGAGGUUACUUGUCCAGAUCCACAACUACCAGAACCUGAAAGGUGCAAUGUCCGCUCAUUUUGUAAGGUUCUGACUGCAUCAGACACAAGUACACACGGUGGUUUCUCAGUUCUAAAGAGGCAUGCAGAUGAGUGUCUGCCUCUGCUGGAUAUGUCCCAGAACCCACCUUGGCAAGAAUUGGUUGCUAAAGAUCUUCAUGGAAAUGAUUGGCAUUUCCGUCACAUUUUUCGAGGGCAACCUAGGCGCCAUCUUCUCACAACUGGUUGGAGUGUUUUCGUGAGCUCAAAAAGAUUAGUAGCUGGUGAUGCAUUUAUAUUCUUAAGAGGUGAGAAUGAUGAACUUCGAGUCGGUGUGAGACGGCUCAUGAGACAAAUAAAUAACUUGCCGUCAUCUGUCAUAUCCAGUCAUAGUAUGCAUGUUGGAGUAUUGGCUACUGCAUCUCAUGCUAUUACUAGUGGGACUCUGUUUUCUGUUUUUUACAAGCCAAGAACAAGCCGAUCAGAGUUCAUCGUAAGUGUAAACAAAUAUCUUGAAGCCAAAAAUAACAAAUUUUCUGUUGGGAUGAGAUUUAAGAUGAGUUUUGAGGGUGAUGAAGCUCCAGAAAGGAGGUUUAGUGGAACUAUCAUUGGUGUAGAUAAGCCGUCAUCAUGUCGAUGGACAGAUUCAGAAUGGAGAUCCCUAAAGGUUCAAUGGGAUGAACCUUCAUCUAUUCCAAAGCCAGAUAGAGUUUCACCAUGGGAAUUAGAACCACUUCUUACAACUACUCCGACAUCUCAACUGGUGGUCAGAAACAAACGACCCCGACUGCCGGCUUCAUCUGUUCUUACAACUGAUGCUACUCCAACAUUUGGGUCGCACAGAGGAAAAGAGAUAUAUGCACCUUCCUGUCAAUCACCUUUGUUCACAUUGACAACAAAGCCUGGGUCAAUUGUGCUGAAUGCAAACAAUGGGCCAUCAGCUGGUAACAGCCCCAUGUACUGGACGAAGAUACAAAAUCAAAUUGAUUCCUGUCUGACAGGUAUUAAUGAUGGACAAAGUGAAAGAAAGAUGGAAAGUAGUUCAGGCUGUAGGCUGUUUGGGGUCCAGCUAGUUGAGAGCUGGGGAGCCGAAGAAAUCUCUGUACCCACUGCCUUCUCUUGUCUGAGAGAGGAACAGCCUGUGACAUCUUUGGAUGUUGAUUCAGAUCAACAAUCUCAACCAUCCAACUUUAACCAGUCUGAGACAAAUGCACUCAGCAGUGAGCUUGAGAAGCCAUGCGUGAGGUUAAUUCAAGAAUCUCAAAAUCGACAAUUAAGAAGCUGCACUAAGGUUCACAUGCAAGGAAUGGCAGUUGGGAGAGCAGUAGAUUUGACUAGAUUAUAUGGAUAUGAUGAUCUUCUUCUGAAGCUGGAAGAGAUGUUCAAUAUUAAGGGAGAGCUCUCCAGCCAAAUAAAGAAGUGGGAGGUUGUCUACACUGACGAUGAAGAUGACAUGAUGAUGGUUGGCGAUGAUCCGUGGCAUGAGUUCUGCAGCAUGGUCAGAAAAAUAAAUAUUUACUCGUGUGAGGAGGCCAAAAGGUUGACCCCCAAGUCAAGGCUUCCUGCUAUAAGUGAGGUGAUUAAGCCUGCAUCCAAGAACUCCUUGCUGGACUCAGAAACCACUGAUAACAAGCUGGAAGAUAAAAUGCCGGCUUCUCACUAGGAUCACUGGCUUUUGUCCUGCCAGUUCAUGAAAUUUUCUGUUUUAAUCAUCGAGGCUAGUGCAAGCAAAUGUGCAAAAAAAUUGGUGCUGUUUGUUCUUUUGCUACUAAUUGAUUCCAUGGGCAUUGGGUCACUAACAGAAGCAACAAGGAAAGAUAGAAGUGAGAUGGUGCUUUAGUUUAGGCUACAUGCUUCUUCUAUGGGUCAUUUUCUUCUUUGGCUUGGUCCUUGUAGGUGCGAGAAAAGCCAUAACGCACCUGCCUCAAUAAGUUGACUCAUUGCAUCGUGUCUCUAUUGUGGACCGAGGAUGAGGCAUGCUACCCUUGUUCCUUCUUUAGUAGCUACCAAAUAGAUGUACAUAGUUAAGGUCUAUAUCACACUUGCAUUAUUGCUUUGUCUGAUUGUUUUA